AUGGUGCCACACUUGAGCAACGAGGAGUUCUUCACCUCUCUCGCCGAUCUUCUCUCCAAAACUUCUCAAAAGGCUCGUGGCUCGGUGUUCCUCUCCCAGAAGCCUCUCAUCGACGGCGUCUCUAACGCCCCGCCAUCCAUCCUCAUCCGUGCCACAGACGGCAACACCAAUGCCCCGAACCCCAAGUCCGAAAGCAAGGAUGGCAAAAUUACCAAGAAGGCUUCAUCAAAGGACAAGAUCAAGUUCUCUACAGUUGUGAAUGCCAGUGACCUGGAAGCAUUCUACACUCGUUAUGCCGAUAUCUGCAAGGCCGGUAUGACUGGCUUGAAGAAGCGGGACCGCAGCAAGCGCAAGGCGAAGGGCAAGGGUGGAGCUACAAAGGCUGCAAAGGCAUAG